GCGUAGAUGUCAACUGAAGUUAGCUAGUUAAAUAGCACGUUUAUAUAUUAUGGAUAUUUAAACCUAUAUAAAGGCUACAAGUUCUAAACAUUUUCUCACCACUUCCAUUUAGCAACUUGUUGAUAUUCCAAGCAGAAAAAAAAUAUGGGUGUGAAAGGGAAGUUGAUUGCAUCCGUGGAGGUGAAGUGUGAAGGAAACCUGAUUCAUGAACUUUUUCACAUCCAUGCUCAUCAUGUACCUAAUAUAAGCCCUAAUUUUAUCAAUCAUUUUGAGAUUCAUGAAGGUGAAACCGUAAAGGUUGGUUCAGUUGUUAGCUGGAGUUAUAACGAGGCUGGACAAAAAAGGUAUAUGAAGCAACUAAUAGAAGACAUCGAUCCUGACAUGAAAUUAAUCAGAUGGAAAGCGAUUGAAGGAGAUGUGUUGGAGUCGUAUAAUUCCUUUACUAUUGUCACAUCUUCUGAACACGAGUGGACUACAUGGACAAUUGAGUACGAAAAGAAAACUGAAGGCACUCCAGAGCCCCUCGUUCUGCUGGGUCUUGUCCUUGACAUGACCAAGGAUAUAGAGGCUCACCUUCUCAAGAAAUAAAGGAUAUAUGUGUGUGUACAUUUAUACACAUACAUAUCUAUGUGUAUUGUGUUUGUGUGAUGAAUAAUUGGCAAUAUUGGCCAGUACUAGCUAGUAUGUGGAAUAAAGAAUGUUAUGCUUGAAGAAUAUAUAUUAUUAUAUAUCUCAAUCUACUUCUAUGGAUGUAUUUCAAUAGACAGUAUAUGUUAUUAUGCAUUAUGUUAUAAGAACUCAAGCCUUCGUUUAUUA